AUGACCGACUCCAAGAUUCACGGCUGGGCGCCGACGCUCUCGGUACCUGAUUUUAAGGCCGUGGAAGGCGUGCUGCUUGAACUCGAGCGGCAUCUGACCUUGCGCACCUACCUGGAUGGCUACGAGUUGAGCUCUGCUAACACCGACGCGUGGAUUGCCCUGCGGGUAAACAAAGUCGCAACUGGCGCCGUUCGCAAAGGUAGCCUGACUAACGUGGCCCGUUGGUUUUCUUUCAUCGAAGCCAACCAUCCCGAAAUCAAGGGCGAGAUCAAGGCAGCCCAGGCUAAAGCAAAAGAGAAACGCGCGACAGCUAGCAAAGCUGGUGGCAGCUACAACAUUGGCCUGAAGAACACCGAGAACAGCGUGGUCACGCGCUUCCCCCCAGAGCCCUCAGGAUACCUCCAUAUCGGCCAUGCCAAAGCCGCUUUUCUAAACGACUAUUUUGCUCACGAGGCGUUUGACGGCAAACUCAUCGUCCGGUUUGAUGACACGAAUCCGGCGAGGGAGAAGCAGGAAUUCCAGGACUCCAUCCUCGAAGACCUCCAACUCCUCGGGAUCAAGCCGGACCGUAUAACGUACACGAGCGACUAUUCCCAGCAGUUAUACAAUAUUUGUGAGCGUAUGAUUGCAGCGGGAAACGCCUACGCCGACGACACGGACCCUAACGUCCAAAAGGAGGAACGGCGGAUUCGGCUUCCGAGCAAGCGACGAGACCGCCCAGCGGCUGAGAGCCUCGCCAUCUUCAAGGAGAUGAAGGAUGGAACCGAUUUUGGCAAGAAGCACUGCAUUAGAGCUCGAAUCACAUUUGACUCGACCAAUGGUGCUAUGAGAGAUCCAGUGGUCUACCGUUUUCCCAAAUUCAAAUCCGAGGACGGCGAGGAGCCCAUAUCGCUCCCCCAUCACCGCACAGGGUGGGAAUGGAACAUCUAUCCAACUUACGACUUCGCUUGCCCGGUAGUGGAUAGCAUCGAAGGUGUUACCCAUGCUCUUCGCACGACCGAGUACGCAGACCGGAACGCCCAGUACCAGUGGUUCCUUGAGACCCUGGGCCCCCGGCCCGUACAGCUCUAG